AUGGAGAUCGACCCCAGCCGGAGGAACAAAAAGCCCCGCCCUCUCCUAGAAUCCGAGCGCGAGAGGUUGGAUGAGUUCAUUGACUCUAUCCACUACUCAGCGAGAUAUUCCGAUGACCAAUUCGAAUACCGCCAUGUCCAGCUGCCCAAAAAUAUGCUGAAAAAGAUCCCCGCCGACUACUUUGACAGUUCAAAAGGCACACUGAAAUUAUUAUGGGAAGAGGAAUGGCGGGCUCUUGGUAUCACACAGGUACGCGAUGUUGCGCCUCUGGCGAAUCCACGUCUAACCGCAUUCAUAGAGCCUGGGCUGGGAACAUUAUGA